AAAAAAUUAUCUAGUGGCAAUGUAGUCUAGGAAUGAACCAAUACAUUUUACAUCCGAAUAUUAGUUAAGGGCUAAAAAGUCUCCGUCUACAUAUAGUGCCCAAUCGGACUUUCAGUUUCGGUACAUAAUCCGAGUUGGUGUUUCGGCAGAAAAUCCCUCGAAAGUACAACCAAGCCGAAACUACGUUCGUAAACUUUCUGGUGACUGCGGACGUGGUCGGACUGAUAUUUUGACGCUUGCAUUGUUUCCUUAUUUGUAUUUUAUUUAACUUUACCUGAUUGUAUAUCCUGAUCCACUUGCGAGAAGCAUGUGCGUGGAGGCGGAGCCAAGACGAUGAUAGAGGGCGGAGCUCACAGCAACGGCCCCGCCCAUUUAGGCGCAUCUUCAUUCAGCGUAGGCAAACACGCCCUUGGCUGGAUACUUGGACACGCAGACGUGUGGUACCAUUUGUACAAGUGCACCGCCUACGUAAGAGGAUAUGAGCGAGGUGCCUAGCGACACAGGAACCCUCAGCGCUCUGGAAGACCUACUAGAGACCAUAAAAUGAUAAAGUACCUCCUGUUCAAGUUCACCGCCUACGUCGGGCGGUAUGGGGGCGGUGCCUCACGCUCAGGCUCCGCCCCCUCGCCGGUCACCAGCACUCUCAGCGUUCUGGAGAACUUGCUGAUGCUGGAGGAGGACCACUCGGGAGUAGCCGAGGAUCAAGAAGCGGAGAAUUUAGAGAAUCUUGAGGAGGAAGAGGAGGACGGUGAAAGACACAUGCAGCAGAUUAGGAGGAUAGCGACCAGAAACAGGGCCGAAACUUUGCCGAACGCUGGCUCCCUCUCCCUGUCCCCGCCUCCGCAACCACCCCCGCAACUCUCACUUUCCCCUCAUCAGAAUCAACCUGGUCACAACCAGCACCACCAAAUCGGCGUCAGCAGCGGAGGGAGCAGCACCGUCCAGGUGGUGCAACCUGCCAGCGCCCCUGGAUCACCACCGCCGCCCCCGGUGCCCCUGACGGUCUUGGGCAGCCCCUUGUGCAGCAACGGGGGCAGGAUCUCGCCCGCUACGCAGGGCGAUCCCACGGCUACGUUGGAUCCCAAUUGGCAGGCCACCAAGUCGACGGUGAGGGAGAGGAAUGCUGCGAUGUUCAAUAACGAUCUCAUGGCUGAUAUUAGAUUUUUAGUCGGCACACCCGGGUCUACGCAACUGAUUCCUGCUCACAAAUACGUCCUGGCGACAGGAAGUUCAGUAUUCUAUGCCAUGUUCUAUGGUGGCCUGGCUGAAUGCACAGAAGAAAUCGAAGUACCUGACGUCGAGCCUUCUGCAUUUCUUACAUUACUCAAAUACCUGUACUGCGACGAAAUCCAAUUAGAGGCAGACACGGUCCUGGCCACGUUGUACGUAGCCAAGAAGUACAUCGUCCCUCACUUGGCGCGCGCAUGCGUGCAAUAUCUAGAAACUAGUCUGACAGCCAAAAACGCCUGUUUAUUGCUCAGCCAAUCACGUCUGUUUGAGGAACCGGAACUGAUGCAACGAUGUUGGGAGGUCAUCGAUGCACAGGCUGAGAUGGCUGUGAAAUCUGAAGGAUUCGUGGACAUUGAUACUUCCACACUGCAGUCAGUGCUAGCAAGGGAAACUCUCAAUUGUAAGGAAAUGACGCUUCUGGAAGCCGCUCUAAACUGGGCCGCGGCAGAAUGUACACGGAGGGAAAUUGAACCUACACCACAAAACAAAAGGGAUGUACUUGGUGACGCUCUGUACCUGGUCCGUAUUCCAACGAUGAGUUUGGAAGAAUUCGCCAAUGGCGCUGCACAAAUGGGAGUACUAACACAACAGGAGACCAUAGAUAUAUUCUUCCAUUUUACCGCAAAUAACAAACCCAAGCUGCAGUACCCUAUCAAACCUAGAGCCGGACUAAAAUCACAGGUGUGCCAUCGAUUCCAAUCCUGCGCCUACCGUUCAAACCAAUGGAGGUACAGAGGAAGAUGCGACAGUAUUCAGUUCAGUGUGGAUAGAAGAAUAUUCGUCAUGGGGUUCGGAUUGUACGGAUCGUCCAACGGAGCGUCUGAUUACGCUGCUAAGAUAGAACUAAAGAGGUUGGGACGAGUGUUGGCUGAAAACAACACGAAUUUCUUCUCUGACGGAUCUAGUAACACGUUCCACGUCUAUUUUGAUAAUCCUAUACAGAUCGAACCGGAAAGUUUCUAUACCGCGUCCGCCAUCUUGGCCGGCGGCGAGUUGAGCUACUUCGGUCAAGAGGGGAUGAGCGAAGUGACCGUCGGUCAAGUGACAUUCCAGUUUCAAUGUUCCUCGGAGAGCACCAACGGCACCGGAGUGCAAGGCGGGCAAAUUCCGGAACUGAUUUUUUACGGACCGUCCCAUGAGGAACACUAACUCGGGAAUUCGUUGACGUCUUACGCGAUAGACCGGGUCACCCAUUCAUCCAUCGGGAAUUUGUUUUUAUCAAUGCAAAAUAAGGAAAGUGUCUGCUAAACGCUUCGGUUACCCAUCAAAUCAUACAAUAUUCUAUUUUCGUGAUAGGAUGCAUUGUAUCUCUAGUGUCUUGUGGAGCCGUUGAUGUAGAAUAUCUAGGGGAUACGGCAUAACGUUUUUAGUCACAUUGAGAGGCUAAUAUUUUUAUUGUACAAAUCCCUCAAACUAGCAAUUUAACCCGGUUUUUCUGAAAUUUCCUUUCGUACACUAUUUUGAUAGUCCCUGCAGUAUUUACCCCAAUUACGAUUUGCACUGAUUCUAAUAAGAUAUUUUUGAAGAACAACUCAAGCUACAUCGCCAGCUUAAAAAUAGCAUAGCGCAAGUGACAGUGAAAGCUUGAAUGGUAUAAAGUAAAAAUUGCUUGAUGCAAUGGUUUGAUAAACAUUUGAGCCAGACCCGUAUCAAAUGUCAUCCUUGGCUCUGUCCACUGACGCUAUUUUGCAUAGACAAAAGAGAUUCUAUUAGCGACUCUCUAGAUACUAUCUCGAUGAAUGAAACCUGCUAUCACCAUCGCGAAAUAAUUACAGCUCGUUCUUAUUAUUUUGAGCUUUGGUAUAUUUAUAUAUUUGCAUCCGCGCAUCCAAACCUUGAUAAUUACAUAAUUCCUAUUUAAGGAACUCGGGAGUGUGAACUACUGUCUCUCUGUAAGUGUCAAAUAAACGCAAUGCCGAGGAAACCUUCAGGUUUCACUACAGCAUAAGUAAUAAGAUUGAGUAUAAAAACUGAGACCCCAUACUCUUAAAAUCAAGAUGAAAGAUUGCCAAAGUAGUUCAGCGGAUUUCAAAGCUCCUUAAGAAACAACUAUAAGAAAACUAAAGCUAAUUCUCUUGUAGUAAAAGAACAUGAGUGGUCAGUUUUCUAAUAUAUAUAAGGGGUGUUACAAUUUUUUCGCAGAUGCCUUAUAUUUGAGAUGAUUUAGUGAAUUUUCUGCGUAAUAAUAUAUAAUAGUCUAUCGACUAAGACGUCAAUAAGGGAAUUAAAAUAUUUCUCACAAAUAAAUUUGGAUGAGCAAUGAAUAAUAAGGUAAAGAACUGAUUGUACUCGUUUUUUUCAUGGAACUAUAUUCGGGGAUCUAUGGAGAGAUAUUAAAAAUUUGUGAUUAAAACGAAGUUGACGUGUAUAUUUUUUUAACCUCUGCCAAAGUAAGACAUCUUGAGGCACCCAGACCAAUUUAUAGUCAGUGGGUUUCAAGAUGUGGAAAACAUUAUAAUAACACGUAAGAUGUAUCUGCUAUUUUAUUUCUUAGCGUAUUUAAAUGUAGCCACUUUUACUUUUAUAGUUUUGUUGUAAAAAUAAGAAAUGUACGAUGCCAAAUUUUUUUAUUUUGUUUUUUUUUUUUGUAAAUUGUCAGAUUUACAGCACUCUCUUGACUUUACUUAAAGACUAUGACAUCAUAACUCAUUCCAAAUAUUUGUAUGACUAUUAUUACUGAAACUAAACUUCAUAAUUAGUCUUUCUAAACUUUUAAACUGAUGGUACAUUAUGGGGAUUCAAAACAACUCCAACAAUCAGUCAAAAAUAUUCUCUUGUAAAUAUGAAUUAAAUAUAUACUUGUUAUCGAAUAAAUUAUUAUAGAGAACUCGACUAACAGUUGAAAACAGGGUUCUGCAUUUAUUCACUGUAUGCAUAAGUUGUCAAUAGUUGUUAUGAAGUAAUAGUGUAAAGCAUUAUAUCUGCUUUUAUAGUGACUUUGUGAUAAGCGAAUCUUAAUUUCAUUAAAAUACUAUAGCUACAUUAAAA